AUGAAUCCAGCCUGCAGACUGAACCUGGAGGGCACGGAGUGCCAGCAGUGGAUGAACGAGGUGUGCGCCCACUGCGCCCAGUUGCUGCCCAGUGCGGAUCAGGCGGAGCUGUGGGACAAGUGGUGGGCGGACGACCUGCCCGCUCCCUUUAAGAACCGCGUUAACCUGAUGUCCGCCUACGACUGCCACAAACUGCGCAGGGAGGUGGCCCGCCAGGUGGCGGCUCACGGGGAUCAGGAGCGGUACGAGGCCGGGGGCAAUCACGUCUGGUGGUCCGUCUGUCGGGGAAUCCUCCUGGUCCUGGUUUUGCUUUCCGUGCUGAUCGCCAUGGUGUGCGCCCUGCGAAUCCUUUGCAACGCCGUCCGCCGUUGGUCACUGUCAACGCCCGUGGAAUGCAGUCCUCCGGCGAAGGUAACGCCCGAGAAAAGGAAACCGCCACCGCCCCCGUCCACGCCAACCGAUGUGGAGACCCCGCCCCAAGAGGAUCCCUGCAAGCCGUCCAAGCAGCCCAAGUCCUUCAUCUCCUUCGGCCGGAGCACCGAUCCGCGCACCCGCUACGGCCCGUACAAGCACCAGAAGCUGCUCAAGACGGAGUGCCAACCGGCGGAGGCGGAGUCCCAGAAACAGCCCUAUCCCGCUUUGAAAAAGCCAAAGCCAAAGCCAGCAUCAACACCCCGACCGGCGGAGAAAAGCGGCCAGCACGCCGAACAGCAAUCGACGAAAAACAAAUCGGCCACAAAAUAACCGACCGGGGAGUGCUGGCCAAAAAAUCGAAAACAAAUUCGAAGGCUGUCCAAGCUGUGCUCAAUCGCGGAUAAGAUUUAUGAAAUGUGUUCCGCCC